UGUUCCUCACACGUCUUUGGAUAAAGGUGAAGAUAGAAUGGAUGCAGAAGAUGUCUUUGAUCAACGCUCGAGCAACAGUGACAUUCUGACCAAUCAAGCGUCUAGCUCAGCGUUAACAUAUUUCAGCCAAGCGUCCAGUAAAGUUUCCGACUUCGCGAAUGAAAUUGUUGAACGAAAAAAAAAAGCGAAAACUGACAUUAUGACGCCGGAACUUGCCGCCGCUCUCGAUCGGGGAAACGUUAGUAGCAGGAAUGCUAUUUUUAUAAUAGCCGCGAUCCUAGCGAGUUUGGGAAUUAAUGUCGAAGAUGUCAAUUUGAGUCAUGCUACCAUACAUCGGAGUCGUAUUAAAUUUAGAACGAACAUUGCUCAAGAAUUGAAAAAAGAUUUUCAAAUUGACAAUCGUUACGUUGUACAUUGGGAUGGCAAGAUACUUAGUGACAUUGUUGAUGCAAAAUUUGUAGACAGACUUCCGGUUGUUUUAUCUGCCGGAGAUGCUGAUCAGCUACUGGGAGUUCCAAAAAUGGCUAAUGGAACCGCUAAGAACCAAGCUUCGGCUAUCAUUGAUACAUUAAAUCAAUGGAAUGUUAGUUCUCAUGUUAAAGCAAUGUGUUUUGACACGACAGCUGUGAACACAGGUAUUCAUAACGGUACAUGUGCUAUACUAGAGAAAACAUUUGGUCGAGAAUUGAUUUAUUUACCGUGCCGCCAUCAUAUUUUUGAAAUCAUUUUGAAAGCCGUUUUCGACAAAUACUGGCCUGCACAAAAUGGUCCCAAUAUACCGAUAUUUUCGAGGUUCAAAAAUAUUUGGAAUAGCAUUGACCAAUCGAAAUAUAAAAGUGGUAUGGCCGAUGAAACUGUUGCGAAUGUUUUAGCAGAAAAACGACACGAGUUACUCGUUUUCAUCAAUAAUCAUCUGCAGGUGUCUCACUCCAGGGAUGAUUACAAAGAGCUUUUGCAAUUGUCAACCAUUUUUCUCGGAAGUGGCUCAGUUUACACAUUCAAGCGUCCUGGAGCAAUGCAUCAUGCGAGAUGGAUGGCAAAGGCGAUUUAUAGUUUGAAAAUUUUCAUGUUUAGAGACGAAUUCAAACUUACAGUUCGGGAAACAACCGGUUUGCGAGAAGUUUGCAUUUUCGUAAUCCUUUUUUAUAUUCGAGCAUGGUUCACGGCAACUUUUGCCGUAAUGGCACCGAACAACGAUUUAAACCUAAUGCAAGCGUUGCUUCAAUAUCAAAGGAUCAAUUCAUCCGUCUCGCAAUCGGCUCUUAGAAAGAUGACUUCUCAUUUGUGGUAUUUAACCGAAGAGCUAACUCCGUUAUCAUUAUUUGACGAUAGUGUUUGCGUAAAAAUUAAAAAAAAAAUAGUUGAAGCUAUAAAAAAUCGAGAAGGUUCAAUAGUACAGUCUAAACGGUACAAUAUUCCAGAGAACCAAGUGGAAUUGUUAAUGCAUCGAGAUAUAAGCGACUUUGCUUCAAAAAAAUCAUUGUUAUUGUUUGAAAAAUUCGAUUUGUCGUACGACUUCCUUGACGAAGACCCAGAACGAUGGAGUGACAAUGGAAGCUUUAAAGAAUGUUCAGAAUUUUUUAGGAAGCUGAAAGUGACAAAUGAUGUUGCUGAACGCGGUGUCUCAUUAAUAGAAGAGUACAACAAAUGCUUGACUAAAGAUGAGGAGCAAUACCAAUAUUUGUUACAAGUUGUGCAAAAACAUCGGAAGCGCUAUCCCAACUGUAAUAAAAAAAAUCUUGUAGUCACCGGUAGUCGUUUUCAUGAUUAAAAGCCAUUGAAAGUGUA